AUGUCUUCUUGUGACGUUACGAGAUUCUCAGAAAUUAUACUUGACACAACCAGACCAAUUUCCGAAAGAUUUUCAACUCUGCUUAAACUAGGAACUAUUCCAGGAGAACAAAAAAUCGAAGCAAUAUCAAAAUUAUUUUCUGAUAAGUCAAUUCUUCUAAAACACGAAUGUGCCUAUGUUUUGGGACAAACACAAAAUCCAACCGCCAUACCAGUUCUCAUCAAAAACCUAAAAGAUGAGGACCAAGAUGUGAUAACAAGACACGAAUGUGGUUUAAAAUGUGGUUCUUCUCUUUUUCGUCAUGAAAUUGCGUAUGUUUUGGGACAGCUUCAAAAUGAAUUGUCUAUUGAUGCUUUGAAGGAGAGCUGUGAAUGUGAGUUGGAGGCUCCGAUGGUUCGGCAUGAAGCAGUUGAGGCAUUGAGUUCGAUUGGUCUCCCACGGGCUAUGGAUGUUCUACGGGGUAUUCUAAAGUCUGAUACUACUGAAUCUGUUGUUAUUGACAGUUGUCUUGUGGGAUGUUCUUUGUGA